UGUAGGGUAAAUGUGUUGGUAUUGAGGGGAGGGGAGGGGAUCCAUGGAAAAGGAAUGAAAGUGGUUUGAAGCUCAUUUUGGUUUGGCUGCUCAUAGGAUGUCAACUUGUGAGUUAUUACAGGUUGCUUCAGUCUAAAUAUGAACUCCUGAUAGAAACCGUAAACGAAAAAUAUAGCUUGUUACCUUGUUUUAAAAUUUUAUUUCCAGAUAAAUUUUUUUCAGCCACCUACAUUUUUCAAAAUGUCAGAACAGAAAGGGCACAACUAGCGUUUACUGCUAUGUAUGUGGAAUCUGAUUUAGCUUUCCAGAAUUGACUUUUGGGGUUGUAUUGGCAAAUUACAGUCACAAAUGAUGACUGUUGAAUGAUGCACUAUGUUUAAGUGAAAUUUCCUGAAAAUAAGAGUUAAGGGGAAGUCAAUGUUGUUGUCAUGUGGAUUCACUAAAAGUACAUAUUUUAAGACAUAUUUUAAGAACUGAAGGCAUGUCCAGCAGAUGAAGUUCUUGAUACAGCAGCAAGAACAUGAACCUGCAGUUUGGAAGACUUGACUUUUAGCUGCUACAGGUUCCAUGACUGUGGGAAAAUGGGCCCCAGCUCUUUUUUCUAUAACAUGAGGACACUGGACUAUUUGAAUCCAGAAAGUUAAAAGGACUCCUAAAGCCCUGCAAGACAGAGUUUGGGAAUGUUCUCCAUUGCUGUAAUUUUUCCUCCAAAAAUAACCUGGCUUGGAAGUCAUUGGUUGAAAGGGAAUUUGACUCCCCAUAGAGCUUGGAGGAAAGGUAAUACAAGUAGACAGGGGCAGCUGUGUUUCUGCUGGAGUAGGAAACCCACCAUAGGGUUCUGGUCUGGGUUUUGGAGACAUAAAGAGAAUGAGUGUAUGUACUUUAAAUGUACCAGUUUCCUCGAUCUCUCCUGGCAGAAGAUGCAGGACUUUCAGUGAUGCUGGGAUUCUGGGAUGUGUUUCUAUUAAUUCAAAUGUAGACGAAGACGAUGUGGUAGAGGGAAAGAUGGUGGCAGAAGGAGUGAAUAAAGAGACAAAAUUGCCUUCUAAAAAGAAAAGAAAGAAGGGCUUGCGAAUAAAGGGGAAAAGGCGCCGAAAAAAAUUAAUCCUUGCCAAAAAGUUUACUAAGGAUCUGGGGUCUGGGAAACCUAUUGCAGAUGCUCCUGCUUUGUUAGCUUCCAGCGCCCCUGAGCAAGAUGAAGAAAGUCUUUUUGAGAACAAUAUAGAAAAGCAGAUCUAUCUACCUAGUACCAGAGCCAAGACCUCCAUCGUUUGGCACUUUUUUCAUGUUGACCCCCAAUAUACCUGGAGAGCUAUUUGUAACUUGUGUGAAAAAAGUGUCAGCAGGGGGAAGCCAGGCAGCCAUCUCGGCACAUCUACUCUUCAACGACAUCUUCAGGCAAGGCAUUCUCCUCACUGGACCAGAGCCAAUAAGUUUGGAGUCACUAAUGGGGAGGAGGACUUUACCUUGGAUUUAUCUUUGUCUCCUUCUUCUCCUGGAAGCAAUGCAAGCUUUGAGUAUAUUCCUACCGAUUCGUUAGAGGAAAACAGAAUGGGUAAGAAACGUGAUAAAUCAGCAUCUGAUGCCCUGAGGGCAAAAAGAGGGAGAUUUCUCAUCAAAAGUAACAUUGUCAAGCAUGCCUUAAUUCCUGGAACCAGGGCCAAGACAUCUGCAGUUUGGAAUUUUUUUUAUACUGAUCCUCAGCACAUCUCAAGAGCUGUGUGUAACAUAUGUAAAAGAAGUGUGAGCCGGGGGAGGCCAGGUUCUCACUUAGGAACAUCAACGCUGCAACGACACCUUCAGGCUACACAUCCCAUCCAUUGGGCUGUUGCCAACAAAGAUAGUGGUGCUAUUGGAAAUGGGUUAGAUGAGACGGAGACAGAGAGCAGUGAUCUCUUAAAUGAUACUGUGCAUGGAGAGAAGUCAUCAGGAAGCCAAGAUUUAACAGCUGAGGACCUUAGUGACUCUGAUACAGAUGGACCUCCUAUUUUAGAGGUUGAAAAUAGAUCUGAGAGUCCUAUUCCUGUUGCAGAGCAAGAUACUGUGGUGCAUACACAAGAGAGAGAAACACAUAGUGAAAAUGCAGCUUCGAGUCAAAUAAGUCAGGCAGUUAUUCAAAUGAUUGUGGAGGAUAUGCAUCCUUACAACUAUUUCUCAACCCCAGCUUUUCAAAGGUUUCUACAGAUUGUUGCUCCUGACUAUAGAUUGCCAUCAGAGACUUACUUUUUCACCAAAGCUGUACCUCAGUUAUAUGAUUCUGUUAGAGAAAAAAUUUUCUUAACUUUAGAGAAUGUUCAGAGCCAAAAGAUCCAUCUGACUGUUGACAUAUGGACUCAUGACCCUUCCACUGACUAUUUCAUUGUGACUGUACACUGGGUCUCUUUGGAAACUGCUUCUCCCAAUAAUAGUGGGACUCCCAACUUUAGAAAGUGGGCAGUGCUUUGUGUUACAGGUUUAGCCAAAGACUGUUUGAUAACUAACAUUUUACAAGAAUUAAAUGACCAGAUUGGUCUGUGGCUUUCUCCUAAUUUCCUCAUCCCCAGCUUCAUUGUUUCUGACAAUUCUUCUAAUGUGGUUCAUGCAAUCAAAGGUGGUGGUUUUACCCAUGUGCCAUGCUUCCUACAUUGUUUAAAUCUAGUUAUUCAGGACUUCUUCUGUGAGCACAAAAGCAUUGAGAAUAUGUUAGUGGCUGCUAGAAAAACCUGUCAUCAUUUUAGCCAUUCAGUCAAAGCCCGCCAGAUACUGCAAGAGUUCCAAAAUGAUCACCAGCUUCCAUGGAAGAAUCUGAAGCAGGAUGAAACUGGCCACUGGAUUUCUACCUUUUGUAUGUUAAAAUGGCUUUUAGAACAUUGCUACUCCGUUCACCAUAGUCUGGGUAGAGCCAGUGGAGUGGUGCUCACCUCCCUUCAGUGGACUCUGAUGACAUACGUCUGUGAUAUUCUUAAACCAUUUGCGGAGGCCACCCAGAAAGUGAGUGUCAAGACAACAGGACUGAAUCAGGUGCUACCUCUAAUCCAUCAUCUCCUCUUUUCCCUGCAGAGACUCAGGGAAGAUUUUCAAGUCAGAGGUAUUACUCAGGCCCUCAAUCUGGUGGACAGUUUAUCUUUGAAACUUGAAACUGAUUCCCUACUAAGUGCCAUGCUGAAAUCCAAGCAUUGUAUCUUGGCUACAUUGUUAGAUCCUUGUUUUAAGAACAGUUUGGAAGACUUUUUUCCUCAAGGUGCUGAUUUAGAAACUUACAAACAGAUCCUUGCAGAAGAGGUUUGUAAUUAUAUGGAAUCUUUGCCUGGGGCCUGCCAAAUUGCAAGCUCAGAAGCAUCUGGCCCUUUAGUUAGAUUAGGAGUGGAUUCAUUUACUUCCAUAAAAGAAGGCACCUCCAAUUCAGGUUCUAUGGCUGGCUCAGCCGUAGACAGUGCUGCUGUUGGGAGCAGAAGCCUAUUCCCCUCUGCUGCAGCAGUAGUGGACGAAUACUUCAAAGAGAAGUAUUCAGAGCUCUCAGGAGGUGAGGACCCCUUGGUUUACUGGCAGAGGAAGGUGAGCAUAUGGCCAGCUUUGACCCAAGUUGCUGUUCAGUAUCUGAGUUGCCCCAUGUGUAGUUGGCAAUCUGAAUGCAUGUUUACCACAAAUAGCCACUUUCAUCCAAAGCAGAUCAUGAACAUGGACUUUGAUAAUAUAGAACAGCUCAUAUUUCUGAAAAUGAAUUUGGAGAAUGUUAACUAUGACUAUUCUACAUUGAUUCUGAGCUGGGACCCUGAAAAUAAGGCUGUUCAGAACAAUGAAAAAGAAGUAUUACCUUAAUAUUUUCCUUUUUCUACUUAAAAUGGGCAGCUUUUGCUAUUUUGCUAUAUCUUACUGCUACUGUUACUACAUGUAGUCAUACUAUUUAUUCUUUAAAAAAAUAGUUGGAUGUGGUCAUGGUGCCUGUAGUCCUGGCUAUUUGAGACACUGAGGCUGGAUUAUAACUUUAACAAUGAGUUUGAAACCAGCCUGACAACAUAUUAAGAUUCUGUCUUACAAAAAUGAAAAACCUCGGGAAAUACAAAAAGACUGAAAACUGCAGAGGCAAUAUAAUGAUGAUAAAAUGAAGGUUACCUUUGAAGAUUUCACAGUUAGAACUCAGUGUAGCUAACAUCUAUCAAAGGGGCACUUGUAUCACUUGAGAGAAGGUAGUAUUAAUGAGAAAAUAAAAGUGCAGCUUUGAACGGCUUAGGGAUUUUCUCGUUAGUAGAUUGAACUAGUCAUUGAUAUGAAUAAAAAAAAUGGUUCCAUCAUGGAAAA